AAGUAUAAAGUAGCAUAGAUUGGCGACGAGAUAACGUUUGCAAUAUCAGCCAUUUAGUUUCUAGAACAUUCGAAGCCACCCAAAAACAACACGCCAUCCAUCAUCAUCAUCAUGCCUCCUUACCAAACCACUGUUUCCUUUCGCCAUCGCCGGAACUUUCUCCGCCGCUGGUACCCUCCUUCAUCUUUCACUACUAACAAGUAUCGUUGACAUAUCUUUGGUCUCAAUCAUGCGGGAACGACCUCGCUAGGGUUUCGUCCGGGAGAUCUAAAUCACUAUGUCUACUACCACUUGCCAACCGCUUUCUUUGUGCCCAUCGCUUUCUUUCCGCCCAUCGCUUUAUUCUACACCAAGACUCAAGUAUAAACCCUAUACAUAUACUUCACUCAAUCGGACCGCUUCCCUCUCCACUUUUUCUUUUUCAAACAAUUGGCGAUUCUCAUGCUUCAAAGACGAAAACUUGGAUUAUGGUAUUCCUGAGACGGGAGGGGAUACUUUGCCAGGAGGAGAUACAGUGGAACAAGAACCAAACCGAUCAAAUGUGAAGCAUGAUUGGACUUUAAAACUCAGGAAGGCUGUAGAUGCUAUAUUCAGUGCAGAACCAUGGACAGUUCCGUGGACGGCUAAGACCAUUCUUCAGGUGAUGCUUCUUUGGAUUGCCUCGUUCUGGUUUGUAGGAUCUUGGAUAAUACCAUUUCUGGCUCAUUUAGCAGGUUUCCGAAAGGAGACCUUAACAUGUAGAGGACAAGCAUUGUACAGUCUUUUGACAGAUGUAGCCGAAGGCAUUGCAGGGAUCACAAUCCUCCAUCGCUGCCUUGCACCGUUCCGUCCUCUUUCACCUGAUUGGUUCAAGUUCAGCUUUAAAGGGAAAUGGGUAUUCGAUGUGGGCCUAGGAUGCCUCAUGUUCCCGUUGGUCAACUGUCUUUCACAAGUCAACCUUAAUCUAUUGCCCAUGCUUCCUCUUGCUCCAGUAGCGGUAUCAAAUGUCGAACAAUCGAUUGUUGCACGAGAUCCUGUGGCAAUGGCACUUUAUGCAACUGUUGUCUCGGUUUGUGCCCCAAUUUGGGAGGAGAUAUUGUUUCGAGGGUUUCUUCUCCCUUCAUUGACCAGGUACAUGCCUUUAUGGUGCUCGAUAUUGGUGAGUUCUUUAGCGUUUGCAUUGGCUCAUUUCAAUAUGCAGAGGAUGUUACCACUUGUGUUUCUUGGGAUAGUAAUGGGCACAGUUUAUGCACGGUCGAGAAACUUGCUGCCAUCCAUGCUCUUACACAGCCUUUGGAAUGCCUUUGUAUUCAUAGAUCUUAUGAAGUAGUUUUUCUCUUACGUCACAAAUUUUCCUCAUUUUUUCUACUUUUAUACAAAGAUAAUGUUUGGUACUCAUAAUUGAUACAGAGGAUAAGAUCACCCUCUUGUAGCAUUAGAACUCGGAACCCAAACUCGAUGUUAAAGUUGUAAAUAUAUAUGUUUUGUCAACUUUUAAGUUUUGAAAGUGAAUUUUGGAAAA